AAAUCUCGAAUCUUUCGAGUCCGGGCACAGGUAUAUUCCAUCCCAACAGGUCGUCCAACUCUGCCUGCUUUGCGCGUGCAUCCCAGAUACCGACCACACACUGCGCUAUGCUAGAAGGAUAACAUGCUUAUGUUCGCGUGGCCGAUAAUCCUCUGGACGCAUAUUAAUCGAGUACCCACGGUCUAUAAAUCUUCACGAGACUUUGGUCAUGACACUUACGUUGUCUUGCGAAUAUUCGCUCGAAAACAGAAGUGCAGUCCAGAGCAACCGCAAUGUGCAGCAUGCCUUAAAAUUCAAAAGAAGUGCACUUAUCUUGGACGUAAAAGGUAUCAACGCAAAAGGGUUUCACAUUCCCAUGUUCUCGACUACCCUUGGCAAUCUUCAUCGGAGCUAUACUUUAUAGCUCGGAAUCCGAAAGGGCGGAUGCCCGCACCAUACCGUCCGGAACUCUUAUCGAUGAAUACGUAGGUAGGAAAGGAAGUAAAGAUCGAAAGUAAGAUUACUUCCAAGGAGUAUCUGGCAUACUUACGACCUGGCUGGGGUAUCGAUACCGAAGACUCAAAACAUCCCAGCAGGGAAAUCAAUCACUCGUGUGCACCGAAUUGCGCACUCAAAAAGAA